UCCAUACACCUCGAGACCUCUUCGUCCCUUCUCCCAAAUCAAGCGAUCCCGAAAAACACCGCCUCCUACUGGAAGCCAUCGACCGCCUGGUCUCCGUCAACGCCAUCGAGGAAGUCCCAAUAGACCAGAGAGGCAGGGGUUGUUAUUCCACCUUCUUUCUGGUACCCAAAAAGAACGGGACCUGGAGGGCCAUCUUGAACUUAAGACCACUCAACGACUUUCUGUCCUCCAUAGACCUCCAUGAUGCUUAUCUCCAUAUUUUGAUCCACCCCUCCUCUCGUCGUUUUCUCCGGUUCAAAUAUGGCAGGCGCCAUUUCCAGUUCAGGUCACUCCCCUUUGGCCUCUCGUCCGCUCCCAGGGUUUUCACCAAAAUCAUGGUGGCUCUGGUCGCCCAUUGGAGGACCCAGCUCAUCCACGUUCACCCAUACCUGGACGACCUCCUAAUCAGGGCCCCCUCGAUCCAACAGGCCGUACGGGACACUGCCAGAGUCCUCAAAUCAUUGGAGGACCACGGUUUUUUGGUCAACCUGGACAAGAGCUCCAUUCAUCCCAGUCAACAGAUCCUCCACCUGGGAUCCCUGAUAGACACUCGCUCGGGGACGGUCUGCCUGACUCCGGAGCGGACCUCGACCAUCCGAAAGACAGCCCUGAGGGCGCUCAGAUCACCUCGAGCCAGCCUACAGCUACUGUCUCGCCUACUGGGACUGAUGAUAGCAGCUAUCGAAUGCCUACCCUGGGCGAGGUUCCACGCCAGGCCUCUCCAAUGGCUUCUUCUCCCACACCAGCAGGCCAUCGCCCUGAAGAGUCAUCGCAAGAUACAGAUACUCGACCAGGUCCGACAGUCUCUCAGAUGGUGGACUUCCCAGGCAGUAUCCAGGGGCCGCCCCAUCUGGGAGACAGAGAGGAUCCAGAUCACCACAGAUGCCAGCCUCCGGGGCUGGGGAGCCCACUGCGGGUCCCAACUGGCCCAGGGACGAUGGUCGCCGGAAGAACAGUCCCACAGCAUCAAUUGGCUGGAACUUCGAGCGAUACGGCUAGCCCUCCAAUCCUUCAUAGCGAUAGUACAACACAAGCCAGUCCUCAUUCGAACCGACAACAUCACCGCCAAGGCACAUGUCAACCGCCAAGGCGGAACAAGGUCACGAGUCCUGAUGAAAGAGGCCCAGCUGCUGCUGACAUGGUCAGAGACCAACCUGUUAUCUCUACGCGCAGAACAUCUACAGGGUCAACUAAACUCCAAGGCCGACUGGCUAAGCCGAACAGACAUCGAUCAGGGAGAAUGGAGCCUGCACCCAGAGGUGUUCCAGACCAUAGUAGAGAUUUUCGGUCCACCAAUAAUGGACCUGUUCGCCUCACCCAUCAAUGCCAAGACUCCCAGAUUCAUCUCGAGGUUCAAGACUCAGGGGGCAGAAGACUUCGAUGCACUGACGUGCCGCUGGCCGGAGGGGCUCCUGUAUGCCUUCCCUCCAGUAGCACUCUUGACAAAACUUCUGUCCAAGGUCCGAAGGACCGGAGCAAUGGUCAUCCUGAUAGCUCCAGCUUGGCCCAGGCGUCCGUGGUUUUCAGAGCUCCUCAACCUGUCAACCCAAAAUUUUCCUCUCACAACCAGACCGGAUCUGUUGUCGCAGGGCCAAGUCUACCAUCCAGACCCGACCUGGCUUCAGCUUCACGCCUGGAAAUUGAGAGGAACAUGCUAACCAAAUACGGCUAUUCCUCUGAGGUGAUAGAGUCGAUCCUGGCAUCUAGGCGCCAAUCGACCACCAAGAUUUACGAAUACACCUUCACAGCGUUCAGGAGAUGGUGUAAGCUCAAAAACAAGGACUUCAUUCGGGUCACGGUCUCCACACUCCUACAGUUCCUCCAGGAUGGCAUCACCCAAGGCCUCAGGCCUAACACAGUAAAAAGACAGGUGGCCGCGAUUACCUCCAUACUGCCACACGACCAAGCGGCUAAGAUCUCCCGUCACCCUCAUGUCAGAAGGCUGCUCAAGGGAGUCUCCAACAGAGCACCCCCGACUAGACACCGCUUCCCCUCAUGGGACCUCCACACAGUUCUCAAGGCCUUAACGAUCCAGCCCUUCGAGCCGAUGAGGGAGGCCUCUCUAAAGUUCCUCACCUUCAAGACUCUCUUUCUAACGGCAAUUACGUCUGCCCGAAGAGUCUCCGAGAUCGGGGCCCUAUCAGUGAGAAGUGAGCUCUGCAUCAUCCGGCCCGACUCGGUUCUGCUGAGACCAGAUCCGACCUUCAUCCCCAAGGUCAACUCGAUUUUCCAUGCUUCCCAAGACAUCGUUCUGCCUUCCUUUUGCCCCAGGCCAACGAACGAGCUCGACAGGAUGUGGCACACCUUAGACGUGCGCAGAGCUAUUAGGCUCUACCUCAAGAGGACAGCAGCUUUUAGAAAAACU